CGUCCCUCAGUUGCUCUCAUUCACAUGGAUUCUUCCACAAGACAAUAUCCUCAGUUCCAUCACCAGCCUCUUCUCUGUCUUAUUCUUCUACCUCUCUUCUUCUUCUUCUUCUUCAUUGAGCUCAUCCCUAAAGCUCAAUCUCUACCAGAACACCGAGCUCCAAAUAACACGGUCUCAGCCAUCUUUGUGUUUGGGGACUCGACCUCGGACCCGGGGAACAACAACUACAUAAAGACCAUUUUCAAGGGCAAUUUCCCGCCCUAUGGAAGAGACUUUGUUGGUCAGAAACCCACCGGAAGAUUCACCAACGGCCGGUUGGCAUCGGACUACAUAAUUUCAUAUGUGGGGAUCAAGGAUUAUGUGCCUCCGUAUUUGGACCCGAGUCUGAGCUUGGACGAGCUGAUGACGGGAGUUAGCUUUGCCUCAGCUGGAUCCGGGUUCGACCCGCUCACACCCACACUAAGUAAUGUGGUCUCUCUGCCGAGGCAGCUGGAAUAUUUCAAGGAAUACAGAAAAAGGCUCGAGGAUGCGAUUGGAAAGGAACGGACCGAACAUCACAUAAACAGGGCUAUAAUCUUAAUCAGCGCCGGAACGAACGAUUUUGUUGUGAAUUAUUUCACAGUACCAAUCCGAAGGAAGAGCUACAAUGUCUUCAACUAUCAGCAGUUUGUGAUACAACAUGUUAAAGAGUUCAUCCAGGGGCUAGUGAGCCUAGGGGCAAGGAAAAUAGCCGUGGUAGGGCUGCCUCCGAUGGGCUGCUUGCCGAUCAUGAUAACCCUAAACUCCGACUAUGCCUUUGCACCAAGACAGUGUAUUGACCGGUUCUCUGCUGUUGCUAAGAGUUACGAUGCUCUUCUCCAGUCCGAAUUGGGCACAUUGCAGGGCCAAUUAGCAAUCCAUGGAACAAGACUUUACUAUGCUGAUAUUUACGGGCCUUUACUCGACAUGAUCCAAGGCUACCAAAGAUAUGGGUUUGAAGAAGUGAGCAGCGGGUGCUGUGGCAGUGGUCUCCUUGAAGCAGCAUUUCUUUGCAACCGGAAGUCCUUUGUAUGCUCGGACGCCACCAAGUACAUUUUCUGGGACUCGAUCCACCCCACAGAGAAGGCAUAUUAUUACACCUUCCAGGCUCUUCGUCCCAUAGUCGAUCGGAUGAUCAAGGACUAGAAGUAUAUCGAUCAACAUUAAUUGAUUAAAUUCGGUCUGCAACAUACAUAGCAUUGUUGUUCGCUCCGAACUCCCAACCCGGCACAUCCUACAAAGUAAAUCCUUUCCAGAGAAACGUUACUUUAUUUAUUAAUUCUUGUUACAAUUUA